UCUCAGGUGUUAGUUGGCACUUGGCCGUGGCUCAGUCAACAAGUGGGUCCCUCCAGCACCUGAGGAUUUACCGCGUUCAGUGAGGCUUGCGUUGAGAUGACCACUGGCAUUGCGUGCGUAGGAGCCGUGAUGCCAGCCGCCGCACGCCUUCAGGAAUGACACUACAGCUCUUCCAGAUUGUGACGCCGAAGGACAGACAUGGGCGUGUGGGCGGCGUAUCUCGUGGCCGUCCUUGCCCUGCUCGGCGUGCCCAGCCCGUCGUAUGGACAGGUGGGGCUGCGGGCGGCGCCACUUAUCAACAACCCAAGGAUGCACGGCGCUGGCGUGCGGGGUGCGGUGGGACGCGGAGUGUUCUCCCGCUGGCCAACGGAGGAAGAACGGCCGCACCGCAGCCACAGGAACCACAGCAGUAGCAUCGAGCACUCUCUGGCAGCCAUCUUCCGCGGCGUGGCCUACGGCAUCUCCACGCCACCCACCACCACCACCACCACUACCACCACCACUACCACCACCACCACCUCCCCCCCGUCCCCGCCCUCCUCUUCCCCUGACAGAAAUAUUUUCGCGCCGCCGCGCCCGCAGCCCUCCGCGUGGCCUGACCUGGAGGACCUGCUCCUCAACAUGGACGACCAGCGCCCCAUAGACGUCUUCCCGGACCUGUACUCAGACAUCCUGGGCGGGGAGGUGGAGGAGGCGGAUGGGGAGCCGGAGGGGUCAUGGGCCGGGUCGCUGGGCGUGGCUUGGGCGGUGCAUGUGUACUGCUCGGCCAGCAUGUUUACGGUGGUGGGGCUGCUGGCCGUACUGCUGCUGGCCAAGGUGCGGGGCGCCGGCCGCUUCCUGCCCCUCACCCACCACCUCAGCCUGCACCUGUUCAUGCUGGUGGCUGCCGUGUCGCGCUGCCUGCACCUCUUCCACGAUCCGUACGGUACGGAGGACAAGCUGCCUGAGGCGGUGGCAGGCGUGGUGGAAGACAUCGGCUGGCCCUGCCUCACCGCAGCCAUUGCUGUGGUGGUGAUGGCGCUGGUGCAGGUCUGGCGCUGCCCGCCCCACCCACCGCCCAACCACGCGCCCAUCACCCUCGCCAUCAUCACAGUCUUCCAUUUUCUGGUGGCCGUGUCCACACAUGUGCUGGCCGUGCAGUUCCCCAAGCACGCAGGGCCUCUCAGGGCCGCCUCGCGCACGGCAACGGCGGCUUGGGGCGGCGUGGUGGGCCUCGGCAGCUGCGUGGGCACGUGCCGCGUUGUGCAAGCUUUGCAAAACGCUCCCAGCCUCAUGACGGUAACUGUAGGGCGUGCCACGCCAGAGUGGGUGACGCAGCACACGUGCGCCUCGUUACUGUACGCUGCGCGCCUCACGCUGGUCACCACCCUGGUGCAGGUCAUGCUGGCGGGCCUGCACCUGUACGGUCUGCUGGGCUCUCUUGUCACCACGCGCUUGCCACCACCACGCCCCUGGCACUGGUUGGCCUUCCAGAGUGCCAGCAGCGGCCUGGAGGUGCUGGCCUGGGUGCUGCUGGCCCUCAUCUCUCUGCCCGGCCUGCGGGACGCACAGCACAAGCGCCGCGGAGACACCACCAGGUGGCAAGACCUCAAGAAGGGAAGGUGGCGCUGGUGCUGCUGCUGCCGCCCCUGCCCCACUACGCCUGGAGCGGGGCGUCCCGCACAUGACAGCACGACACCAUGCAAGGUAGUUCAGCCCCGUGAGGGCCGCCCGUACCCUUCCUCCACGGCGCCUUCAUGCCAUGCCUCACCAUACAAGCAGGCUUUGUUGAGGUCCACUGCCUCGGAUGCCCACCUGCUGUGGAGUCAUGCCCGCGCCCGCGAUGCCCCUCAGUCUAGCUGUUCCUCUAGGCCCUCCUCCAUUGUGUUAAAAAUGAUGACUUUGCCAGAAACGCAGCACCCUCCGCCCCGCAGCAUGCAUCCCUACAGAGCUACGAGACGCAGCGCGCUGCGCCAGACAAGACCACGGGACAGGCUGACGAAGAAGAGCCAACAGCGUACGACCAGCACCUAUAUUACAACGUUCCGGUGGCAGCGACCGGGGACUCAUCCGCCAAAGCCUCCCCAGCGGCACAGCGCGUGGUGGAACGACCCUCGGAGCGCCUGCUGCAGGGACAGCUCAGUGUUGACCUGCACGGCGCCGACAGCGACGAGGAUCGCCCGAGAAGCGACCUAGCAAGCCUGACAGACUACAGUUCCACGGAGCCCGCUUCGCCUCUGUGUGUUGGCGACCACGACUGGUCCCGCAACACCACUACCACCUGCUCUUCCGUCAGCGCCGCCAACAGCUUCGACCUGCGUAUGUUCGAGGACAGCGACGGCACG